CCAACUAAUUAGACUAAUCAAGAUCCCCAUUAAUUUGCUGCCAAAUCAAGAAAAAAGAUGAAUAGGAGGCAGCAAAGGGCAUUCAAAUUGUUGUUUUGGUUUAUGGGAAUCUGUCUUACAUGUUAUCUUGCAGGACCACCUUUGUUUUGGGCACUCAACGACACUCUUAGUUCUGUUUCUUCUUCUUGUCCUCCUUGUCAUUGUGAUUGUUCUCUUCAACCCCUUCUUUCAAUCCCAGAAGGAUUGAGCAACAAUUCUAUUUUAGAUUGCAUGAGGCAAGAUCCAGAGGUGAGUGAAGAAGCUGGGAAGAGUUUCACAGAUCUUUUAUCAGAAGAAUUAAAGCAAAAGGAAGCUGAAGCUGAGGAAAAACAAAGAUAUGCUGAUAUAUUACUUUUAGAGUCUAAGAAAAUAGCAUCACAGUAUCAAAAGGAAGCUGAUAAAUGCAAUUCAGGGAUGGAGACAUGUGAAGGAGCUAGGGAAAGAGCUGAAACAGCACUUCAAAAUCAGAUGAAAGAAACUGCUUUGUGGGAACUUAGAGCUCGCCAAAGAGGAUGGAAACCUUCAGCAAAGAAAGCUCUAGACAAUUUUUAAACAAUGAGUAUCACUUAUUCCUCGGUACUUAAUUUUUCUUACAUUCAUUGAUUUUUUAUUUUAU